AUGUCAGCAGCUUUAGCGGUCCCUCUCCCAGUGAUAUCGGGGAAUCAUGCGAAAGAGCAGGCAUUCAAAUUCCCUUCUUCCCUACCGGCGGUAAAGCCAUUUGCUCCCCGGCCUACUUCCAGCCCUCCCUCUCUCACCUUGUCCGUCACCCCUGAAACACACACCCCUUUGUCUACACUUUCACCUUCAUCCAAUGCUCGGCUACUAUCUUCGACUAUAUCUACCGCUCAUGACCGAAACGCAUCAACCAAAGUCUCUGAACGCUCUCAGUCGACUAAACCAAAUACUAUAUCUCGCACGUCAACUUCCCCUUCCAUGAGAGUCCGAAUGGAUGAACAUAGAUUCGAUAAUAUCAUAGGAUCGAUCUCGCAUCUCCUGGCUAAACAAAGUCAAGCUAUCAAAAUUCAUCAUGAUCAAAUAACAUCUUUCGAAGUAUACAUAAGUAAACGAUUAGAUGAACUGUAUCAAGGAAUCAAGCACAUUCAAGUAAUUCAACACGAAGAUGAAAAACACCUGGACUCAUACAUAAAGGAUAAAAUCGUUGAGGUAUCAACACGAUUUCACUCGAUUGAAAACAAUCGUCCAUCGCAAAAGAGGAACAAGAAUAAAGGUAAAAGUAAACGUAAACCACCAAAGGCAAUAAACUCCAAGACUCAGCAUACCAGUCAUCCUCACUAUACAAAUAGUCAUCAUAAUAUAGAUUAUUCCGUAUCCGUAGGGGGUAUUCUCACCCCUUCAUCUUCAGAACUCUUAGUAGACGAUUUAAUCAAUUUCGACUCUCCAUCACCCCCUCUCACCAAUGAUCUUGUACCUCCAAACGAUAAUUCCUUUUCACAGACGGCCAUACCCGAAUUACUCACACCUCCUACUAUGGGGAACCAGGACGAACAUCCCGACGUCUAUGGUAUGAGAGGGACACUAGUCGAUCAAGCUAUAGAAAAGCAGAUGGCUCUCUUGAAUGGACAGAGUACACUGAAAGAAGGUGAAAGUACAGUUGAUUUUAUUUUUAGGAAGAAGCUAAGUGGUAAUAAACUAAAUGAUAAUUUCAUGAUCGAUAUGAGUUUUCUCAACAAGAAUGAAACACUUUCGGACCCCUAUGAGUGUUUAGGAAGAAUGACGGAGCUGUCAUCUGGAGUAGAUUCAAUCCCAGUGACUCGGACUCCAAGCUCACAACUACCUUCUGGUGAGGAAAUUGGCUCCGCUGGGCCGUCGAACAUAGUCCAGAUGGAAUUGAAUCCGUUUCCUAUGAGGUAUAUGAGAGAACCAAGCUAUCAACCUUCAUCAAUGGCUUUGUCGGAUGUAACGCAACUAACUUCCAUCACAAGGGGUGUCUCCUUGAUAGAGGAUAAAAUUCUCCUUCCAGGUGAAAAGGAAGAAGAGAGUGAAAACGUAAGGAAAAAGAAGAGGAAAAUCAGUAAUAUGGGUUGGAGCGAUACUCAUCGGAAAAAGAAUAAAAAGAGGAUGAUCGACAACCUCUGGCCCGGAUUUGGUGCAAAUACCGUCAAGUCUAGAAUGGAAGAAAUCGUUUGUGAUACAUGCGGAGGAAGGGUUCAUUGGGUCUGUGCCGGACUCUCUCAUGGCAAGAACAUGCGUGAAGCUCCUUGGAGUUGUCCAGAUUGUCUGUCAAUCUUACAAAACGCAGACGAAGAUAGAAUCCCUUCUAUCCCUAGAGCGCAACAAGAGAGGUGUUUACGGCCUAAUUGUAUAUACAGGUCGGAAAAGAAGAUCGUUAGGAAAUACGACGAUGUGAAUGAGUUCUAUAUGGAGAGAAUUAUCGGUCGAAAGCGUAUACAUUUCAAGCCUGAAGGCGGAGCAUUAUACAAUUAUCUGGUCAAAUGGUACGAUUGGGAUAUAUACGAUUCAACGUGGGAACCAGCGCGUAAUAUACCCGAUCUAGGCAGAUGGGAAGCAAUCUUCUUACAAGCUUUAAAACCUGAAGGUUCCGAUAUACUCACCAAAAAAGUACUAUUACUGGAAGAAUGCUCACCUUACUUCGAUCAUAAAGGCAGAUACAAUAUCGAACUGCUGAAAUCUCUAGGAGUGCCUAAAAGGCAUUGGUGGUUUGAUUAA